AACCAGAACAACCUCACGGCCCUGACCACCAUCUUGGCCCCCGAGUGGGUCGAUAACCCUCAGACCCGCGGUACGUCGAGUAUACUCUGGUCGUGCGUCCUGACCACCAUCGGAUGUGUUUAUAGUGCUUUGCAUCUUAAUGUGCCGCAACAGAGGGGCUUCUGGUCGUUGCUUGGCAGCAAGGGAAAGUGGAUCUUGACAGCGCUGCUGGUCCCACAGGUCACGAUAUAUUCCUCAAUUGAUCUUCGUCUCUGCUUCUUCAUCACAAUGGGAGCCGUGCAAAUAAGAGUCGCCGAUGCCGCAAGGCAGGGAAGGGAUCAUCAACAAAUGAAGAGAAAUAACGGAACUCAGCAAGAAAGCGUCAAGACCUUGCUAAUAAAUCCAAAGUCAAUAUUGACGCUCUCGUCCACCGGCGUUUGCCAGUUGCUGCAGAUGGGCCACUGGAUACCCAUCACGAGCGACACCAUUGACCGCAAGAGCAAUUUCAACCCGUUUGAGAAGGGCCUGGUCGUUCUCCAGGUCUACUGGUUUGCAACACAAUGCAUUACUCGAAAGAUCUAUGGGCUACCCAUCUCGCUUCUUGAGCUUCAUACGGUGAUCCAUAUCCUUUCUGCCGGGAUCAUGUACAGCUUUUGGUUCAACGUGCGUAUACCACAAAUUGAAUAUGAUGGAUUGCCAGAUCCUAACCUUUCGUUACAGAAACCACUAGACAUCCGGGAGCCAGAAGUACUGGAUGACAUGACCGGCGAAGUUCUGGAAGUCAUGGCACAUAUGUCUCUCUUGUCGAAGAAUCUUCGGCGCCAACUCGACCGACUCACCUUCUACGGCGCUCUGACUGACUUCUAUAACGACGCCUCCAAUAAUGGGACACAGAGCAAUAGCAAGACUGCUGUGUCGUUGAAUUUGAAGCACUUGUACUCGCGCCGCCGCCUAUCCGACAUUGUAGACGAUCUGGGCGGGGACUACUUCGAGGACGCGUCUAUAUUGGCAGCGCCGAAGCAUAAUCUCUAUAUUGAAAAGGAUGCAGUGGAUCUCGUCAGUAGCAGCGGAUGCCAGAAACAGUCGAUAUUCAAUACGACUUGGAUGGCGCUAGUUUCGUACCUCGAGCUUACACUUAGCCAUUGGACAAACAUCUUACUUGCUCUCACGUUCCCGACUCUGUACGGCGGUGCCCACCUCAUGGCUGUGGGUACUUCAUUUCCUAGCAUCGUUGAGCUUCAUAUCUGGAAGGCCGCGUGCUUCGUCAUUGUGGGCGGGAUCCCGUGUCUCUGGCUAAGCUACACGCGGAUUUGGAUCGUGUACGUUUGCAUUACGGUCGGAUUGAUCGCCCUAUGUUCGGUUUUUCUCUUGGCAAUCACAAUGUGCAUUAUUUUGGCGAAGCUUUUUCUCAUUAUCGAGUCGUUUAUCAGCCUGCGGAGUGCGCCUAUUGGGGUGUUCUGGGCUCCGUUUUGGGUCCAGGUGCUGCCUCAU